AUGGCUUUUGGCAACUGCAAAAUCCGAGUGCUGAGCUGCACAGUGAGGAGGACUCAGGAGUCAGCACUGUUUAAAAAAGAUUUUAGGUUUAGAGUUGGUACAAUAUAGAGAAACAGGGUUAUCUUAAUAAUCAGUUUGGGUUUAGAAACAAGGAAGGAAGUUAAGAGUUAAAAACUGAAAGGUAGUUAAAAUGUUUAGGGUUAACAAAUGCAAAGAAAGGCUCAGGUAAAGUCAAAUCCAGGUGGGUUAUGGUCGAGUAUUUGUUUAGUUACAGCAAAACAGCUUUGCCUCAUAAAUCAUAUUUCCUGAAGUUUGAACUUUGAGCCGUUGGCACAUGUUGAUGUCUGACGGAGGAGAGCGAUGACCGAGCACCUGCUGAAAAUCCUGGUUGUUGGUGAUGGAAAUGUUGGGAAAUCCUCCUUUGUGCAUCGCUAUGUCCACGGACAGUUCAACAAGACGUACAAGAUGACCGUGGGAGUGGAUUUUUCUGUGAAGCUGCUGCACUGGUCGGAUAAAGAAAAAGUCAGACUGCAACUGUGGGACGUCGCAGGCCAGGAGCGUUUCAUAUCCAUGACCAGGAUCUAUUAUAAAGGCGCGCUGGGCUGUGUUGUGAUGUUUGAUGUCACAAGCUUGUCCAGCUUCCUUAACUGUCGCCAUUGGAAACAGGACCUGGACAACAAGGCAAUGCUGCACAAUGGAGACUCCAUCCCCUGCAUCCUGCUGGCCAACAAGUGCGACCUGGCUCAGCGGGUUGUGUCAGCAGACAGCAUCGACACUUUCAGCAAGGCCAACGGCUUCGUUACGUGGAUGGAGACUUCAGCCAAAGAAAACAAGAACAUCGGAGAGGCUAUGAGGAGGUUGGUGCAGGAGAUUUUGUCAGUUCAGUCCAGUCUGGACCCGCUCCAACCCGGACCCCAAGACAGCAUUCAUCCUCAACUGGACUCGGAGCACAACAGCAGAGGAGGAGGCUGCUGCUGAGACACUGCUGUCCUCAAUCACAGGGACAAGCAGACACAGCCAGGACCUGCUCAUUAGUUUAGAUCCUCAAGUUGUUUGAGGUGCCGCUGAGCAAGGCACUUCAGGCACCCCUAAGUACUUAGUGAGACUGUCCACUAAGAAGAGGACAGAAGAAGCACCGGGAGGCUGGCAAUAGAGGCGUCCUAGAUGUUGAUGUAAGGAUGUAUACUGUCACCAGUGCACUUAUAAUCUUCCCCGGAUAAUAAUAAGUAAAUGAUAACAGUUCUCCAACCAGGAAGUCACUGUUUUGAACAUCCAGUUACUCCAGUACAGCUGCUCCGCCACCAACAUUUCAAGAUGGGUUAUGCUGAGCAGAUCUUUGGUGUUCAGGUCUGCGUGGAUCUACAAGGACACUAUAGGUAUUGAAGUAACACACAGUAUCUCACAAGUGUUUCUAAAACCACGUUCUGUUCUAGACACUCUACGAUUAGAAAAUUCUUGGGUGGAUGACAUCAUGGGAAAGCAACAUCACCAUUUUUACCGUCACAAAGCCUAAAUCACGGUUUCUCAACAUAUUUUCUAGCCCUUUAACCCCAGUUUCAGAAUGUUUAUGUUGUCUUUAUGUGUGUAUCAGUAGGGCAAACUUUGUGUGAUGGGAGCUCCACAUGGAUAACAAAGUUAUGAUGAUAUAUGGAAACUAUAAGUUUUAUUUUUAUUUAAAAUAUAUUUAACAUCUAUCAACAAAUCAAUCUUAGAAAUUUCCUGCAACUCUAUCUGCAAAUCAGCUGCCCCACAUCGGGUCCCAAUGCGAAGGUUAAGGAACUCUAGGCUAACCUGCAUCACCGACCUUCCAUCCCUCCAGAUUUUGUGUGCCUGGAAUGCUUUCAACUAUGUAAAUAAUUAUUAAACAUGUUUUACAAACUUUAAAUUUUAAAUUCUUUCAAAUUGAGUAAAUGUAAUUUUGUUCAGUACUGCUCUCCUGUUGAAAAUCUAAAAGGAGAAACUCCUUUUAGAUUUUUUUUUUGGAAUAAACAGAAGAAGAACUGGAUGGUUAGCAUGAGCAGUGAACGCCACUAUGGCUGAACAGACAAAUAGAAACAAAAGAGCCUCACCUGCAGAAACUCAACCUGCAUCAACAGAAUAAAACAUCUCACUCAUACUGUUUGACUGACAUUGCACUUUUCCUAUAGAGCAGGUCUAGACCGUACUCUUUAUAAUAUUAUUUACAGAGACCCAACAAAUUCCACCAUGAGCAAGCACUUGGUGACAGUGGCAAGAAAAACUUCCUUUAAGAGGCAGACCCUGAGAGAGAGAGAGAGCCGUUUUUUUGGGAGUGGAGAGUGAGAGAGAGAGAGGAGGGGGGCACAAUGAAAAUACCACCUAGAAUUAUUUUUUUUUAAACAGUAGAAUAGUAAUUGUUGUGUUAAUAUUAAUAAUAGGAGUGAUCUCUGGAUAGUGUAGACAAAGACCUGGGGGGGGUGGCUGUCCUGCCCUGACAUUUUGACAACAGCUAACAUUAGCUUAGCUGUUGCCUGCGCAGAGAGCAACUGUGCACACGCCCCUUGGAUCGGGGUGUGGGUUGCCAGGUUGCAGUAGCAGAUGGGUUAAAACUGUGUGUAGUUUGACCUCUCAAAAUGAAAAAUAUUCCUAGGAGAAGGAGACAGGGCAGAUCUUGCUGAGGGACAGUGAAUGACCUACACACACACACACACACACACAAAGUUUUCACUUUUUGUAUUUGUAUUUUAACUGCAAGUCUACAAUUUAUUAUUACUAUUAUUAUUAUUAUAUCUUACUUAUCUGUAUAUAUUUUAAUAUCACAAUUCUUCUGUUUAUGUAUGUUUUUUUUUACACAUGCUUUCGCAAUGUUUACAUGUGUUUCCCGUGACAAUAAAGCCCACAUGAAUUUAAUUGA